AAUGCUUUGACAGCUUAUAUAAAGAAGCAAACACAGCAUAUACUAACUAAAUUGUUUCUUCUCAGAAGCAGAAAGUUUCCUCUAGAUACAAAAAUAUCCCUUCAAUUAAAUCAAUAUUUGACCAGUAAAGAAAAGCUACAAAUACUAUGGAGGACUUUUGGAGCAUGAUUUGUGUGGAUUCUUCUUGUUCAGAGACUGAAGGAAGGUCUUCAUGUUUUGACAUCAAGUUUCUAAAGGAUCCUUCCUCAUGCACCAACCAUUUGUUCAUCAUUUGCUUUGAGCUGUUGUUGUUGAUCAUGUUGUCUGCUGUUAUGAUCCAAAACAAGUCUUUGAUUCGGAGUCCGAUCAGAAUGGAAGGACAUUCAAAGUUGCAAUUGGUUUCUUCCAUAACCAAUGGUUGCAUUGGUUUGUUGCAUUUGUGCCUAGGAAUUUGGAUUUUAGAGGAGAACCUAAAGAAAAGUUUCUCUAUUUUUCCUCUUAGUUGGUGGCUGCUAGAACUUCUUCAAGGAAUCUCAUGGAUGUUAAUUGGUUUAACUACAAGUUUUCUGCUGAAAAAACUUCCAAGAACAUGGUUGAGACUAUUUUCUUUUCUUAUAUUUUUUGUUUCUAGUAUUUUUUGUGCUUUUUCCUUAUCUUAUGCAUUUCACAGUGGCGAAUUGUCCCUUAGGUUAGUUUUAGAUGUUUUAUCAUUUUUGGGAGCAUUUUUGCUACUCUUUUGCACAUACAAAGUGUGUACGUAUGAAGACACCGACAUGGAAAUCGACGGAAGUCUACGUACCCCAUUAAAUAGCGAGUUGAAUGAAGUUGAUCAUGUUAGUCAUGUAAGUGUAACUCAGUUUUCCAAAGCAGGAUUCUUUAGUUUGAUGUCAUUUUGGUGGUUGAAUCCAUUGAUUAAAAGGGGACAAGAAAAAAUACUUCAUGACGAGGACGUUCCAACGUUGCGGGAGUCUGACCGAGCAGAAGCAUGUUAUUCAAUGUUUAUAGAUCAACUGAACAGACUAAAGCAGAAGGACGAAUCAUCAUCAUGGUCGUUGGUUUUACGGACAAUAAUUUUGUGCCAUCGUAGAGAAAUUUUGAUAUCAGGAUUCUUUGCAUUACUCAAGGUACUCGCACUUUCUUGUUGUCCUAUAAUUUUGAAUGCCUUUAUUUUGGCGGCCGAGGAUAAUGAAAGUUCCAAAUAUGAAAGUUAUGUAUUAGCCAUCUCACUUUUGUUUACAAAAAUUAUAGAAUCCUUAUCCCAAAGGCAGUGGUAUUUUCGCGCUAGACUUGUUGGUAUGAAAGUUAAGUCAUUACUUGUCGCAGCCGUUUAUAAGAAACAACUGAGGUUAUCCAAUGCUGCUAAAUUGAUUCACUCUGGUGGCGAGAUAAUGAAUUAUGUGAAUGUGGAUGCUUAUAGAAUUGGAGAAUUACCGUUUUGGUUUCACCAUUCAUGGACAACAUUUCUCCAACUAUGUAUUUCAUUGGUCAUUAUUUUUCGUGCGGUUGGGCUUGCGACAAUUGCAUCGUUGGUGGUGAUAGUUUUGACGGCGCUAUUAAAUACUCCACUAGCAAAGUUACAACAUAAGUAUCUAAGCAAACUUCUCGUGGCACAAGAUGAAAGGUUAAAGGCUAGUUCCGAGGCUCUAGUGAAUGUGAAAGUGUUGAAGUUAUAUGCAUGGGAAACCCAUUUUAAAAAUGCUAUAGAAAGCCUCAGAUUUUCCGAACUCAAAUUCUUAUCUUCAGUGCUACUGCAAAAAGCAUACAAUGUCAUUCUCUUCUGGUUUUCACCGUUUUUGAUCUCUGCUGCGACAUUUAGUGCAUGUUACUUCUUGAAUGUUCCUUUACAUGCGAAUAAUAUAUUCACCUUUGUGGCAACAAUACGACUUAUGCAAGAUCCAAUUUCAACCAUCCCUGAUGUUAUUGGAGUGAUCAUUCAAGCAAAUAUUGCAUUUUCUCGGAUUGUGGAAUUCCUCGAGGCACCUGAGUUGCAGAGUUCAAAUUUCAGAAAGACUUGCUUUGAUGAAAAGUUGAAUGGCUCAAUUUUAAUCAAGUCUUCUGACUUUUCAUGGGAAUAUGAUAUAUUGAAACCAACAAUAAGAAAGAUAAACUUAAAGGUUAGUGUCGGUCAAAAGAUAGCCAUUUGUGGAGAAGUUGGCUCAGGUAAAUCAACUCUCUUAGCAGCGAUUCUCGGAGAAGUCCCUCAUACUAAAGGAAAUAUCAAUGUUUAUGGGAAGUUUGCUUAUGUUUCUCAAACAGCAUGGAUACAAACAGGAACAAUACAAGAAAAUAUUUUGUUUGGAUCAACAAUGGAUGUUCAAAGGUAUCAAGAAGCACUUUGUAAAUCUUCGCUGAUGAAAGACCUUGAAUUGUUUCCACAUGGUGAUCUCACUGAAAUUGGAGAGAGAGGAGUUAACUUGAGUGGGGGUCAAAAGCAACGAAUUCAACUUGCUCGUGCUCUUUAUCAGAAUGCUGACAUAUAUCUCUUGGAUGAUCCAUUCAGUGCUGUUGACGCGCACACUGCAACUAAUUUGUUCAAUGAAUAUAUAUUGCAAGGACUUGCUGGAAAGACAGUUCUUCUUGUGACGCAUCAAGUUGAUUUUCUCCCAGCAUUUGAUUAUGUUCUGUUGAUGUCAAAUGGGAAAAUCCUGCAAGCUGCUCCCUAUCAUGAUCUACUGACCUCUAGCCAAGAAUUUGUGGACCUUGUCAAUGCUCACAAAGAGACUGCUGGUUCUGAUCGGCUAGUAAAUGUUACUUCAACCACAAGACAUUCAAAUUCUGAUAGAGAUAUUAAAAAAUCUCUUAUGGAGGAACCUUUGAAAGAUUUAAACAACGAUCAAUUAAUCAAGGAAGAAGAGAGGGAAAGAGGAGACACAGGGUUGCAGCCUUACUUACAAUAUCUCAAUCAUAAAAGAGGCAUCCUAUACUUCUUGAUUGGUUCUCUUUGUCACCUAAUGUAUGUAAUUUGCCAAAUAUUGCAAAACUCAUGGAUGGCAGUUAAUGUCGACAAUCCUAAAGUCAGAACAUUGCAAUUAGUUGCAAUUUACUUGUUGAUCGGAAUUAGUUCUACUGUUUUCAUGAUAAUCAGAAGUCUUCUUGCUGUUCUAUUGGGAUAUCAAUCAUCAAAAUAUUUAUUUUCACAAUUAAUGAACUCCCUUUUUCGAGCACCAAUGUCGUUUUAUGACUCUACACCAUUGGGAAGGAUACUUAGUAGGGUUUCAUCUGAUAUGAGCAUUGUGGAUCUUGAUGUUUCAUUUCAUCUCGCUUAUGCCGUUGGAUCAACUAUAAAUUGCUACAUGGAUCUUAUAAUUUUAACAUCAGUCAAAUGGCAAGUCUUGUUUGUCUCUAUACCAAUGGCUUAUGUUAUUAUACAAUUACAGAGACACUACUAUGCGUGUGCAAAAGAACUUAUGCGGAUGAAUGGCACAACAAAAUCAUCUAUAGCUAAUCAUGUAGCUGAAAGUGUUGCUGGAGCUAUUACAAUAAGGGCUUUCGAGGAAGAAGAUCGUUUUUUCAACAAGAAUCUUAAUUUAAUUGAUGUCAAUGCGAGUGCUUUCUUCCACAGUUUUGCAUCAAAUGAGUGGUUGAUCCAACGGGUAGAAACAGCGUAUGCAGUUGUUCUUGCUUCUGCGGCACUUUGCAUUGCUAUGCUUCCUUUUGGGACUUUAACAUCUGGAUUCAUCGGUAUGGUACUUUCCUAUGGCCUUUCACUAAAUGGUUCCUUAGUAUACUCAAUUCAAAGCCAAUGCAUUGUAGCAAAUUAUAUAGUAUCUAUUGAGAGGAUAAAUCAAUACACUCAUAUACCAAGUGAGGCCCAACAAGUGAUUGAAGGAAAUCGUCCUCCGGUUAAUUGGCCAGCUGCAGGCAAAGUAGAAAUACACGACUUGCAGAUACGAUACAGGCCUACUGGACCACUUGUACUUCAUGGUAUAAAUUGCACAUUCGAAGGAGGACACAAGAUUGGUAUUGUUGGAAGAACGGGCAGCGGGAAAUCAACUCUGAUAGGUGCUUUGUUUCGACUUGUGGAGCCAGAGGGAGGCAGAAUUAUAAUUGAUGGAAUAAACAUAUCGUCUAUUGGCCUUCAUGACUUGAGGUCAAGUUUAAGUAUUAUACCUCAGGAUCCUACCCUUUUUAUUGGGACAGUUAGAUAUAACUUGGAUCCUUUAUCUCAACAUUCCGAUCAAGAAAUAUGGGAGGUUCUUCAAAAGUGUCAUUUGAGAGAGAUUGUCAAAGAUAAAGAAGGCUUGGAUUCAUCGGUUGUUGAAGAUGGAUCAAAUUGGAGCAUUGGACAAAAGCAAUUAUUCUGUUUGGGGCGUGCUAUUUUGAGGCGAAGUAGGAUAUUAGUGUUGGAUGAAGCAACUGCAUCAAUUGAUAAUUCAACGGAUAUGAUUCUACAAAAAACCAUUAGAAAGGAGUUUGCAGAUUGUACUGUGAUCACGGUAGCACACAGGAUACCAACUGUGAUGGAUUGCAAUAUGGUUCUUGUCAUUAGCGAUGGAAAAUUGGGUGAGUAUGAUGAGCCAAUGAAGUUGAUGAAGAGAGAAAGAUCGUUGUUUGGAAACCUUGUAAAAGAAUAUUGGUCUUAUUUUAAGUCUGCAGAAUCACAUUGAAGAAUGCUCUUGUGUUUUCUGAGGAAUUGGUCCAUAAGAUCCAGUUCUCUUCAUAAUAUUGGUUUUUUGGGUGACACUCGGGUUCGUCUUGUUUACACUAUGAGUGGAUGGUGGAACCCGUUCUUUGCUGAAGUCGGUAGUUUUUUGUGUAAGGGUCUGUUUGGGUACCUUUGAGUGGGGUUUUAGGUCUGUUUUCUUGGGUUCAGCCACAUCUCUGGUGGUGUAGACUUGAUCUAUUGUUCUUUUGUUUUGGGCAUUAAGAGGGAGAGGUUUCUUCUGUUUUUGACAAUGUUGUUGUUAGUGUUUUAGUUUUUGAUUGUGUGGUGUUGCGGGAGUUUUUUUUCCGUUUUCUUAGAGGUUAUGGGUCACUUAUGAUGAUCCUUGUUUCUUGUACAUUUUUUCACUCUCUUUAUACUAGUGAAAAUACCGGCAGUCACAUGUUAGGUUUUAUGCUCUUUUCAUUGUGUUAAUGCAUGUAAGUUAUAAACCGUAUAUUUUAUAUGAAAUUGUAUUUUUGAUUAAAA